CCCAGUGCAUGAUGGGAAACGUGUUUCCAGUUGCUGGUCUAUGUUCAUUUUCUUUUUUUCCCUGCCCUCCUUCAUUUUAUGCUGAGAACAACGCAUCACAGACAGAAGAGUAAAUUUCUAUUUUCCAGCUUAAAUACCUCAUUGAGUUUUCAAAGGUGAUCCGUAGGAAACAUGGCUCGUACAAAGCAGACUGCCCGUAAGUCCACUGGAGGCAAAGCCCCACGUAAGCAGCUGGCCACAAAGGCUGCUCGGAAAAGUGCGCCCUCCACCGGAGGGGUCAAGAAGCCCCAUCGCUACAGGCCUGGAACCGUGGCUCUGCGAGAGAUCCGUCGUUACCAGAAGUCCACCGAGCUGCUGAUCCGUAAGCUCCCCUUCCAGCGUCUGGUCAGAGAGAUUGCCCAGGACUUCAAGACGGACCUGCGUUUCCAGAGCGCCGCCAUCGGAGCUCUGCAGGAGGCCAGCGAGGCUUACCUGGUGGGUCUGUUUGAGGACACCAACCUGUGCGCCAUCCACGCCAAACGUGUCACCAUCAUGCCCAAAGACAUCCAGCUGGCACGCCGCAUCCGUGGCGAGCGUGCCUAAGCGAAUCCCUGAGUCAUGAUAUGCUUCUUUCUUGUUUCUUCUUCUGCUUCCUCUAUACUCAGUAGUUUGGUUUGAGGUUCUACAUAUAUAUCAUAUCAUUGUGAUGACCGUCAAUGUCCAAUCAUGUCUUCUUUGGUGCUACUAGAAGCAGAUUCUGAAUAGCAGUUUAUUCUUCUAUGUCCAGACGUUGAAUGAUAGAGCCACUCAGCAGUUUCACUGAGCACACAACAAUACCUUGUUACCAUAGUAACCGGGGUGUUUCUGCAGGCAACAAUACUCUCUAAUUUGAAAUGGGAAUAGGAAAUAGAGUAAAGAUCGAGGUUUUCUUUUAGGGAUUAACUUUGGAAUGAGUUUUUUAUUUUUUUCUUAGAAAGUAGUUGUAAAAGUACUACGAUUUCUGUUGUUUUCUGUCUGUAUUUACAGUCUCGUUAUUUCUACUGUUGAUGUUGAUUGUUUCAAAGAGCAGAAGCUUGAUUCUAGUUGUCAUUGAGAAAUAACUGCAUGGUUUGACAGACUACAAGCGGCGUAUAUGUAGCAGACCUGUGUGAUCUUGUUUUCAUUUUUCAGCCAGGCGAUGUUUUUGUUCUUCUCUCAGGUUGAUACGAUAACCCUUUUUUUUCUACUGUUUUAUGUUUUUAGUCAUUUUUAAGAGAAAAUUCUUGUACUCACAUUCAAGCAUAAUAAAAGUGAUUUUUGUGGUUGAAAGCGUCA